AUGCCGCCCCCGGCCACAGGUCCACCCGCCGUGCCCCCCCCAGAUGGCGGUUGGGGGUGGGCCGUGGUGUUCGGAUCUUUCAUCUCCAUUGGCUUCUCGUACGCUUUCCCCAAGGCCAUCACCGUCUUCUUCAAAGAAAUUCAGGUCAUCUUCGAUGCCUCCUAUAGUCAGAUCGCGUGGAUCUCCUCCAUCAUGCUAGCGGUCAUGUAUGCUGCAGGUCCCAUCAGCAGCAUACUGGUCAACACAUAUGGCUGCAGGCCCAUUGUCAUGAUGGGUGGCGUCCUCUGUUCCACUGGCAUGAUCUUAGCUUCGUUCUGCACCAGUGUAGUGCAGCUUUAUAUCUGCAUAGGAGUUAUCGGCGGACUUGGAUUAGCUUUCAACCUGCAGCCAGCGCUGACUAUGAUAGGCAAAUACUUCUUUAAGAAGCGUCCCAUUGCUAAUGGACUGGCCAUGGCAGGCAGUCCAGUGUUCCUUAGCACCCUGGCUCCUCUCAACCAGUACCUCUUCAACAGUUUUGGUUGGAGAGGUAGCUUUCUCAUCCUGGGUGGCUUAUUGCUGAACUGCUGUGUGGCCGGAUCCCUCAUGAGGCCUCUGGGACCGCCACCCAAAAAGGCUAAGAAAGAUGAAGAGUUACCUGUUGUGUCCACCACAACAAAAGAGAAGCGCACUGUUUGGCAAACAAUCAACAAAUUCCUGGACUUGACACUCUUCAAACACCGUGGUUUUCUCAUCUAUCUGUCAGGUAAUGUCAUUAUGUUCCUGGGAUUCUUUGCACCUAUUGUCUUCCUGGCGGCGUAUGCCAAAGACAUGGGUGUGGAUGAGUAUUCUGCUGCUUUCCUGCUCUCAAUCCUGGCUUUCGUCGACAUGUUUGCCAGACCCUCCAUGGGGCUACUCGCCAACUCACGCUGGAUCCGACCCAAAAUCCAAUACUUCUUCAGCUUUGCUGUCCUGUACAAUGGGGUGUGCCACAUACUUUGCCCUCUUGCGGAUGACUACACUGGUCUGGUUGUAUAUGCUGUGUUCUUUGGCUUCGCCUUUGGCAUGGUCAGCUCAGUACUGUUUGAAACACUGAUGGACCUUGUUGGAGCUCAGAGAUUCUCCAGUGCAGUGGGACUCACCACCAUUGUGGAGUGCUGCCCAGUCCUUCUUGGACCACCUCUUGCAGGGAAACUGGUCGAUGUUACAAAAAAUUAUAAGAUCAUGUAUUUCUGCUGCGGAGCUGUAGUGAUUGUAGCCAGCAUUUGGCUUUUCAUUGGAAACUUCAUUAACUAUAGACUGUUGGAGCGUGAGAAGAAAGCAGAAAUGUACAAACGGACUGAGACAGAAGAUCCUGACCAAGGCCAGGAUCAAAAGGAGGCUGACGGGGAAGCCCAGGCGUCACAUGAGCUGGUUGACCAAAGCCAAAAAACUGAGGAGCCUAUGCAGCGUGAAACCAAUAUCUAAAUCCUUCCGUCAUCCAAACAAAUCACCGUCACCUUCACUGCAACCUUGCAACACCUUCAACUAAGAUCAAACUGAGCUUCAAGCCAAGAGGUGCCUGUCAGUGUGAUCCCAGGAUCUAUUCUGGGUCCUUUGCGCUUCUUUUAAACUGCCAAAGCAACAACUUUGUUGUAGGAGGCCCUGAUGUGUAUUAUCAGUCUGUAACAGAAACAUUAAGCAAGGAGGAAAAUGUAUGAUACCCCAUAUGAAGAGGCUCUAAAUUGAUGUUUGACAAAAAUACUAACUGUAUUUUGUUUAUUACCAUAUUCACCUCAUAUCAGAUUUUCUGUAAAUACAUUUUUGCAGCUGAGGGAUAGAUAAUUUCCAACACACUCACAUUCACAAUCAGGAUGUGGGGAUUAUUGUUUUAGUGUAAAGUGCAGAACUACAUCAACCACAAGCAAAUAGCAGCAAAUCUACUGAUGCUGAUAGAUAACUAGGGGAAUUAAUUAACUACGCAGUAAGACAAUCUGCCUCUAAAAAAUUAUGUCCUGCAGUUUUUUUAAGGUUGAUUUAGGUAAUCUGCACCUGCCCCAACAGUUAAGAAAAAUGUCUCAAUCCGUCUAAUAAAAACAUAAUUCCAUUUAUAUGUCCACAGAUGUGAAUACAACACGUUGCUAGCACCAGCAAACUUAUCCACAUGUAUACAAUGACACAUACACAGUUGUUUUUCACAAUGCAGAAGCUCUGGUUGGGUGGUUGGAGCUUUGUAUGACUGACUGAAGACAACAGCGGCCACUGUUUGAAAGCCUGGGAAACAGAUUUGUUGUCAUGGCUUCACACAAUGAGCGUCUGGGCUCAUGUGUUGCAUUUUUGAUGGAUAGUGAGCAAACAAAGGCUAUGAUUGUACCUACCUGUACACGUCAUAAGGACAACUAUAUGGUAUGCAGAUUUUUUAGCAUAAACAAAUGAAUAGAAUCCAUGAUCUGCCAUUUUUUCUUCUUUCAAAGUUGUGGACAAGUGGGAAGCUUUGAAUAAAUUGCUCCUGUCUAAGAUAAUGUUUAUGUAAUCAUACCAGUAGGGAACAAAUGAGGAGCUGAAAUCUGAUUUAAUGUUGGCAGCUGUUGAACCUACAAAUUUCCCUUGCUGCACAGCUCUGUAGGAAGCAAAAUCUUCCGAUGACUUGUUGAUUAUGUUAUUCGCAGCGCUGAUACAGCAUUAGCAAUCCCACUGCACUGGAAAUGGUUGAUCCAUCUAGUGCUAUGCGUUAGGAAAGAACGCAAAAUCCUAAUUGCAGUGUUUAAUACAGCAGUUGGGUUGCCUGAAAUCCCACAUCUAUAAAUAAGUAACAGAUGUGUUUGCAACUGUUACAACAGUGCGGUGUAUUAUGCUGCCCUCCUGAGCACUGUAAUGGAGUAAAACAGGCAAAAAUGUUGUAAUUUAAUAAUAUCAGUCAAGUCAUAAAAUGCCUCCUGUAAUCUUGCAUUUCAUUUUGCAUUCAUUUAUGUUGGAAUCACUAGAAAAAUAGCCAUACUUCACCCCAAACAUCAUUGUAAAACUGCUGCAAUUCAAUGAAUUUAAUUAUAGUUGAAUGUAAUAUCCUUUUUGGGCCUUAAUAAGGUAUAAAUGACCAAAAACCAUCUGCAUAAUAGUGGUUUUUCUACAGCCAGAGCCCAUGAGCAAUAUACUCCGACAUAUUUUAAUGCAGAUGUACAGGGAAAUGUGUUUGUGUGGACAGCAACAGUCUUUUCUGUGACUCAUUGCCUUAAAUGUAAAGUGAUGAAUGCAGAGGAGUUGUACAGUGAAUACUUGAUAGUAUUAUACUAAAGUAUUAUACUAAGCUGUGUGUUAACUGUGACCCACUUUUUUGCUGUGAUUAACCUUAGAAUUUUAAAUGAAAUCAGUGUAUUCUCUGUUUUUUUGCGUUCUAUUUGUCCAUAUUGUUAAUGCAAUGAGAUUAAACAAUCAUGUUCUGUAGUCUCCUCAUUAACUAAUUCACUAACACAUAACAUUCAUGUCAGUAUGUUCAAACAUCUGAAGAAAAACUACUGACAUUACUAAAUAAUGUAUGUUAAAUAACAUUUUAAAUCCUGUUUGUAUAUGAAUAUGUUCAGCAUGAACAUACCAUGUAAUAAUGUAAUUACGUGUUGCUGUUGAUGUUAAUGUGGUUAUCAUUCCAUGUAUUAUUCUGUGUUGAUGAACAUUUCUGUCUCAAAAACCUGAAGCUUUGGUUUAAUGCCAAAGCUCUGACCAAAUGAUGUCCUGUCUCAGAUGUCCUAACAAAGCCAAACUCAUUUUAAUAACAGAUGUGAUUUUCAAAGCAAUCAUGAACAAUGGUAUUGUCUUUUCCCUCAUUUGAAUAGUUGAAUGUGUGUAUGCUCAAAAUGAUGAGAUGUCCACCUGUGUUGCAAGCCUAUCAAUAUUGCAUCAUAUUGAAUCAAGGGUUAUAAAACACAAACACUAUGUUACUGUAAAGUCCUCUGUGUUUUCUGGUGAAAUCAGGUGGGUCAGCUGUUGUAUUUGGGUCCUACACCUCUUGAUGAUGAAUUAUUGAGAACAACUGCUGUAGAAGUUACUGUAUGCACACUGUUUUGAUUUUCUGAAGCCCAUGACUUCAUCUGAUCUUGCUUUUGGACCUGAGCUUUAAUUUCCUUGUCACAGCCAUGUUCCAGAAGCAUGUGGUUUCUCUUUACUGCCUAAGUCCUUGUAUGUUGAGGUUAACUUUCCUUAGACUGUCUUUGGAGUUCAUCUGUUAUAACUCUCCUGCUCUGACUAUCCCACCAGCCUUUCAUGCCAAUAUUAGACCAUAUUUUUGUACACUGCCAUGUCUCCACCUUCAUUAUGGCCUAUGUUAAUAACUGUGAAUGCGACUGAAAAUUCUGCACUGACUUUAAUGUGAAGGAGGCUACUUUCACUCUUUGAAAUAGAAGUCACUAUAUUCACUGUACAAUGAGGGUAGUGCACUGCUGUACAAUCAUUCAACCGAAAUAACACUGCCCCCUGCUGGUGUUAAACUAUCCAGAGCAAAAGCUUCACUUGUAACAGGAAAACACCAAUUUUCAUGAACCAUUUGUUGGGUGCAGAAGAAUAUCUCAGUUUAUGGUGUGAUCUCUUUUUGACUGCAGUUGAUUGGGGUCAGAAAUAUUGCUUUUGUUCAAUCCAGGAUGUACUGUACAUGCCUGACACUUUAUGAUAUUCUAUAACCUUCCUCUAAAUAGUAAUGCAAAAUGAAUUCUGUUCGGAUUCAAGCAAUACGGGGUUGUAUAUUUUGCUUCCAAAUGUUUAUUCCUAGAAUAAAAUGACACAAGGUAUAAGAUUCAAUCAACAUAGACAUAAUUAAGAGGGGAUAUGAAAUGCACCAGUAGCCUUAUUGAUCAUACUGCUUAGCAUCUUAUGUAUUGUGUUUAAAACAUUUUAAAUGUGUCACAAAGAUUGUAUUAUUUUAAGGUUUGUGUGAGACCAAUUUUAGAGAGAAUAGAUUUAAAAUAGUAUUAAAUACUUUAUCUCUCUUUUGUAUUUUAUUUCUGCUGAAGAACAUAACUGUUGUUAGAAAUGAAAAGUUAAAAUAUAGGAAGAGCACUGGCUGUAUUAUGUUACCUUGUUUUGUUUUUGAUGUGUGGAAUCAAUAUGCAGAUUGUAAAGGCUUUAAGGCUUUCAAAGGCCGACAGAGAUCUGAAGGGAUGUUUCUUUUUUGUCACACUUUGUUAUAGGAUUACAUGUAGUUGUCAAGUGAAACUUGAAUGUGGCCAUGUGCCACCUUUUCUGGUUUUAGGGUUGUCUUUGAAAGUACUUCACUCUCAGUUUCAUCCGGUAUUUUGCUGUUAGAAAUGACAGCAGAUUGGAGUUUAGACAUUGCAGCAGAAAUGCUACACUUUAAAGGCAAAACCACAUAUUUUCUCAAACACUGUAAUGGAACGCUAUGUACAAUGAACAUGUCCUUGGCACUUGCCAAAUGAUCUUGAACGAUUUGCUCUUUGUUUAUCAUGAAAUUGUGUCUCUAAAAUUCAUCCAAAAACUCUAGGAUUUUCAUAUUAUAAAUGUCACAUUUAAAAGCCUCGUUUGUAAAGAAGUAAAUAAUAAAUAAAUAAUCGGUCUCUAAGCCAGUGAAAUCAUUUCUGUUGCUAUAAACUUCAAAACUCCAACCUGCAAAAUUAAACUGGCUAAAUUAUAUCUCAUGAAUUUCCUCUUUUGCUUAUUCAUAUGUUGAGAUGAUGAACAGAGUCUUUAAUUUAAUUGAAAAUUAUUAUUUACAUGCUGGAAUGAACAACAAAGUAUGGGUGAUGACUGUGUACAAUGACUGAUUGCUACUGGGAGGAUCAACGACUGUCAGUAACAUCUUCUAACCGUGCCUUAUUGUGCUACACUGGUCAUGAUGAAAAGACAUUUGUGAGAGUUGUAAAAAUGGUAUUGUGAGGCUCACAAAUGUCCACAAUUGGCCCAUUUCUGUCUGUAACGUACCAUGUGUUUACAAAUCACUGCAGUGUUUCAUCACAUGUAAAUAACCAGUGAAUCUAAAAUUCACUCCAUCUUAACACUGUUUAAACAAAGAAGGCGUUAAACUGCAAGAAUGUGUAAUCACACUGUAGAGUACACGAUGCACAUACAUCUGCAUAUGAACACAUGAGGACGGCUGUGCUCACAUGUCCGGACCUCAGCACUGUUUGUCUCAGUAUUGAACACAGUCCAUUAUUCUCCUUCCAGUAGCAGACAUGCUGUGUGCUUUCUCAUCAGGGCGACUUUAAGACAUUAAAUUGUUUUCUGAUUGUGUCAGUCUUUCCACUACCUCUGUAAAACCGUCAUGUCAGAGUGAGGAAAAAUACCACACGGGUAUAGACAACCGAUUUCUGUAUUUGUACGUCUAAUAUGAAGAUAUCACCUAUCACAGUAGCUAAAUAAAAUAUAUAUCCAAACAAG